AUGACCUACGAUUUGGACUCGGCAAUCGACACGUUCUGGCAGAGCAAUAGUGGCGCGCCAUUCCCGUCGGUUGCAGGCGAGGUCAAAGCGACGAUCGACGAAUACACCGCCGACAUGGAGAAGAUUGGAAAACUAACGGAUAUCUCGACGGACGACAACUUGGAUCCCGUUCCCAACAACAACAAACAGCAGCAGCAAGACAAGGCAGCCAGUGCCGCAGGACUUGGCGACCUCGUAACCAGACUCAAGGAAAAGAAACGAUUGAUCGACUUACACACACAUCUAGCGACAGACUUGAUGAAGCAUAUACGUGACAGACAGAUCGACUACUUCUUCUCGAUGGAGGAAGCAAUCAUCACACGUUCCAUCAUCGACAAGAAAGAACUGACAUCGCUAAUCACCAGCCCAGUCAUUGGUAGCGAGGGAGGACGUGGAACUCUCGCCGACAAGAUUCGUCUAUUACUCAUCUAUUUCCUCUCGUCGAGAUCACCCGUUCCCGAGAUGGAUCAAUACGAAGAGGCGUUGCGCGGUAUGGGUGCGGAUCUCGCGCCACUCGACUACUUUAAAAAGACAAAGGCAUUCAACGAUUCACUGGCGAUUGCACACUCGUCGGCAUCGUCGGCUGGCGCCAACCAAUCCGGUGGAUCAUCGAUGAACAAACACGUCGGUGGUUUCAUGCAGAUGCUCUCUGGCUACCAGCCAGUAGAGUCGGUCACCAAUUUCUUCUCACAGGGAGUGCGUUCCCUCCUGCCAAAGAGUAAAGAUCUCUUUGUCACCCGAGUGGUCGAGUCGAUCAUGGAGUUGAAGAACACGCUCGACGCCGACUACCUCUACCUCGACCCCAAGAUUCAAAACAAGACAAACGUACCUCGUCGUACCUCACCCUUCAAAGAAGCAAUCGUUUUUAUUGUCGGUGGUGGCAACUACGUAGAAUAUCAAAAUCUUCAAGACUACACAAAGAAACAAAACAAAAAGAUCAUCUAUGGAACAACCGAAUUAUUAACAUCAAAACAAUUUUUACAACAAACAAAAGAAUUAAAAGAACAUUUGAAUAAAUAA